CUCCACUUCGAGAGAACUCCUCAAAGAUGCAGCUGUCUUUGACUCAACCAUGCUUCUCUGGGACACUCCUUAUGCUGGCAGUUUCAACCCUGCUUCUUUGGGAGCAGGUGACUUCUGCACCAAAUUACCGAAUGUCCACUGGAAGCCUGUACCAACGAGUGGUUGAAUUGUCGCACUACACUCAUGAUCUUGCUUCAAAAGUGUUCAUUGAAUUUGAUAUGAAGUUCGGUAGGACAGUUUGGACACAUAACCUGAUGUUAAGUCCUUGCCACACAGCUGCUAUCCCUACUCCAGAAAACAGUGAGCAAGUCCACCAGGCAAAAUCGGAAGACCUUCUGAAAGUGUCCAUCACUAUUUUACAAGCCUGGCAAGAGCCUCUGAAACACAUAGUGGCAGCAGUGGCUACUCUUCCAGAUGGAUCUGAUACCCUGCUGUCAAGAACAAAGGAGUUGGAGGAAAGAAUUCAAGGACUUCUGGAGGGACUGGAGACCAUACUCAGCAGGGUUCAACCUGGAGCUGUUGGAAGUGAUUAUACUUUCUGGUCUGAGUGGUCAGAUUUGCAGUCAUCUGAUAAAUCCACUAAGAAUGGUGUUCUUAGUGUCCUGUAUCGGUGCAUGCGCAGGGAUACACAUAAAGUUGACAAUUUUCUCAAGGUCUUGAAAUGCCGCGAUAUUUAUAACAACAACUGCUGAGUAGCCAUCCCUGUCCUCUGUCUCUGAGAAGGUCCCUCAUGUUCUAGACCUUCAGGGCACUAAUAAAUCUCUACCUCUUUGGUGCCCUUCCUGAUUUAGUUUGUAUCUUUCUUAAAAAUAAACUCACUCUUUGGAAAUGCUAAA